AUGCCAGUGGCUUCCUCGCAGGCGAUUUGGCAGCUCUUGUCGGAGAAUGAUGAAGCUGCUCGCCACCUAGGAGUGGGCCUCGCCCAGCACAAUGGCAUCCGCACGCGGGCACUGAGCGCGACCAAAGACUUUCAGCAGGACGAAGUCAUCUUGGCCAGCGACUCCACUCGCGUGAUCCGUGCGGCAGACCUGCAGGGAAGGCGCUUCGAGGGCUGUCCAGACGACGCCUGCCGCCUUGCGCUUCAUGUGGCGGAACGUGCCAAGACGGGUCGCGAUUCCUUUUGGACGAAAGCCCUGGCAGCAUACCCAUCCUUCAGCGAGUUCGAGGCAUUGGGAAUGCCCUUGGCAGCCUCUGAAAGGGCUUUGGCAGUCUUGAACCAGGUGCCCGACUUCCAAGCUUUGGCCACUUCUGUGCGUCAGACUCGGGGUGCCAUGCUCUCCGCCCUUGAGAGCUACAACCGUCAUUCCACGACACAGUUGAACUUUGCUGAUGCCUUGUGGGGCCGACUGGUGGUGGACAGUGGGCUGGGAGAUGUACGGUGCGGACCGCACGUGGCACCGGUGUUGGAUUGGGUGAACCACAGCACGAAGCCAAACGUCCGAUAUGAAUGCCAUGACGGUCGGGUGACGCUUCAAGCUUUGCGGCGCAUCCGCACGGGUGAGGAGCUGCAGGCAAGCUACAACCAGUUGGGACCGAUGGCCAACUUCGCUCGGUAUGGCAUCAUCGAAGACCCGGGUGAGGCAAAGCCCCUCAGCCCGUCGAGCUGCACGCGCUUGCAGAUUGUAAGUCUGGACAAAGAGCCAGUGCUUCGAGCAGCCAGCAAGUUCGCACAGAUCCAUUGUGGUGACAUCGGGGCCCGGCAGCCUGCUGCCAGUGCCACUGCCACUGCCUCAACACCGACUGGAGCAGCACCACCCGUGCCGAAACCGGAGCCGGCGAUGGAGACCGUGCCGCCCAAAAUGGGAAAGUUGGAGUUGAGCAUUCAGCCUUUGACCCAGAUUCCGGGUGUCUCCAACCUUCUCUUCGGCCCGCGGCCCUUCGUCCCCCUGAGCCCAUCCGCCUGGGACUGGGCGGCUCCAACCGCCCUAGCGCAGCCACCCGCUCCGCUGCUGGCGCUGCUCCCGCUCCCGAGCUUGGCGCCUGCUCGGCAGAAGAGGACACAUUUGUUGGGCUUCUUGGUCGAGGUGGAUUCCAAGCUUCUGAGCCGGAACAAGCGCCAAGCCUCAAGGAUCAAAACCGCCUAUUUCGAGAUGGAAGCCGCCGAUCCACAGGAUGAUGAUGAAGAUGGCGAAGGUCAAGGGUCUAACACGGUCCAAGUUAGGUGCCGCAAGACGGUGCUGUUGAUGAACUCCAGCCUAAGCUGCCUGCUGAUCCCGCGACGUCGACGCCAACACAUUUGGCUCACGCCUCACGAGCUGGAGAUACGCUUGCCCGAGGACCCCCCGGAUUUCUGCAGGGGAUGGAGGGGGAGUGAUUUGAGGGAUGAGCAAGGACACUUGGUGACGAACCACACGAACCAUAACUCCACGAGCGCCGCGGCACUUCGGAGGGUCUGGAACUUUCAAGUCCACGGCACUUCUCCACGGCUCCAACACCCCUGCGGAGUCCUGGACUUUGAAAUCUCCAUGGGGAAGUUGGCUUUGCUGGGCACUGGCCAUGAUGCCUUCGAGCGGCCCUACGAAGAACAGCCUGGCCAAUGGACGCUGGCCGUCUCUGCCUGCUUUGGGCAGUUGAGCAGCUUUGAAGAGCGAACCAGCCGUUUGCUGCAGCAGAAAGCCUUAAGGCCCUUCCUGGUGCCCUCGUCCAGACCCAGCCUGUCCCGCGCUCGACGCAAGAGUGCUCCACGCAGCCUGGGCGGCCUGGCACGUGGAGAGGUGGUGGUGAAGCCCGAGUUCCUGCAGCCUUCUGAGGCAAGUGGGAAGUUCAGAGACGGUGAACUGAAGAAGGCUGAGACGGUGCUCCAUGCGCAUGGCUCCAAGCUCGAUGAAUGUGUGCCAAUUUGUUUUGUUAAGGAAGUGUGGGUGCACCAGGUGAGUCGGCUGGCCGCGUGGGAGGAGCGUUGCGCUUUCAGCGUGGAACGCAGUGAGGAGAAGAAUGAAGGUGAGCAUUGCUUGGCCCAAGGAUGUGUGGCCUACUGUGGGCUGUGGCAGAUGGUGCAAGCUGCCAGAGAUGAUGAUUUGCAGCUCUUGUUGAACGUGACCGAUCGCGCCUCGCGCUUGGUGAACGACUUGGCAUCUGAACGGAUCUCCGCCUUCGAGUUCGCUGGAAAGGUAUGGCCUCACUGGGCCACCUUUCAGCACUACCUGCCAGGCGGGAAGCAUAUUCUUCAUCCUGACACGGACAAGGGUGAGCAUUGCAUGUCCCUGGCGGUGUCCUUCUCCACUCAUGGCGUGGACUUCACUGGUGGCGAGAUCAAGAUCUACGAGUGCCCGCCCUCCGUCCCCGACUGCGGCAACCGUGGGCGCUCACGCACGCACGUGCCCAAAGAGCGGGGGCCCUUUGCACGGAAACUGCUCAACGGGACACUGUUGCCCUUGAGAGCCGGGGAGUGGCUUUGGGACGGCGAGCCAGAAGCUGCCUACCACGUCCGGCAGCUGUUGCGACCGGCCAGUGGCACUGCCAUGGUCUGGCUCAGCGAGACGGUCCACCAGGUGGAGCCAGUCCAAGGAGGACACCGGAAGAGCUUAUUCUACUGGUUCACUUGCAAGGAGCCGUUGCAGGAUGCCGCUUUUGAUUGGACCGGGCUGGCCCAGCGCCUCCGAGAUCCGACCGCCGCCCGGGAAAAGAGGAGCGGAGCUCGGCCGCCGAGAGAGGGACAGGCGAACUGCGCGGGCCUGUCGGAGACGUGGAGACGUGUUCGCCUUCGUGGGUUGAUCGGAUGUCAAGGUGGCGAAGAAGAUGGCCAGGGUUGGCCCAAAAAGUCGCAGGGCCCAGCUGAAGUUGGGAAGCUGCUUCGGGCCCAGUGGAUAUGGCACGGCCGCAGGUGA